GGAAAGACAACAUCAAUAACAAAUGCUGCAAUGUCUCCGUAAAUGCUGUAGAUUAUUUGUCGGCAUUUCUUUUGGGCAUUGAUCAAACAUCUAACUCACGUCGCCCCAUAUCUAUCAGCUCCCCUUCUCCUACUCGCUGGAUUUGAAACUAGGCUGGUACACCCCAGACGGAAAGGUGUGUUGCGAGUGUCUAAAGCUGCCAUUUUAAAUAUAAAAAUGUUGAGACUGGUUGAGCAAAAUCAUCUGCUAACAUGGCCAGAUGAGGCGAAUUCCCACCUUGGUACAAGACACCAUAGCAGCACCAGCUCAAUCGAGUGCGAGAUAAAAGGAAUUUCCCACCAUGUGUUUGCGAGCCAUAAACAAACCUGCAUUGACCUGGAGAAGGCUAGCCAAUUCAUCACAGAAGCAUUGCAGAAUGCGGUGCAGAGAAACAUGGCCCUGCGCAUGUUAAUCCAGCGUUUCGAAGACAGGGCGUCUGAGAAUGGGAGGUACCUGUCAGAGCAGAUGGAGGCGAACCGACAAAUGAAACUCCAGGUUGAAGAACUACAGAAACACCUGGAGGACAAAGAUAACUCACUAACACAAGCCAAUCAGACUAUUGCCAUCCUGAAUAAUGAACUUGGAGACCUGCAACAGCAACUGCUGAACCACCAAAGUAGUGACCGGACGAUACAGGAAGUGACUGAAUGGCUUGAGGAUGGGAAGAACAAGGCCAAUAUUAUGAAGGAGGAGGAUGCUCCAGUGCAGACUAUAGUUGUGGGGAUUAAAGAAGAACAAGAAGAUCCUGCUGAGGCCUAUGCAGCUACUGAUAAUGAAUAUCAGACCAGUCAACCUGAUGACACGUUCCAAGAGCAGAUCCCUUACUCAUCUGGGGACAUCAAAAUUGGUCUGGUGCAGGAGGGAAAUGAUGAAUCAGGUGUGGCUCCAGUGAUUGGCUCCAGGGACGCUCAUCAUCCCUCUCCGCCUCCACCUGCACCUCCACCGCCUUUGGUCAGCUGUGCCCCACACCAGCCCUCUUCCCCUCCACAGCCCCUGCCCAGGUCAAGAGGGUUAUCAGUGGAAGUGAUCGACUGCCGCACAACACAAGGUCAUCAAGGAACGAGGAGCAAGCACAACCAAGAUGGAGAACAGUCCAAAACUGGAAGAGGACGAGGAGGGAGAGCACAAAGAGGAAGAGGAGGAGGAGUGGCAAGAGGAAGAGGAAUGCAACUGUUUUCCACUGAGAUCCUGAAAACCACAGCCAGCCCAGUGAUGAUGCUUAAUGCGGGAAGAGGAGGAGGAGGAAUGCAACUGUCUUUGUUCGAGAUCCCUAAAUCCACAGCCGACCCACAGGCCAUGGUGGACAUCGUUGAGCAACAUCUCUGUUCUGUUUGUGGUGAGCGCUUCAGCACCAGAAGAGAUCUGAAAGUACACCGGCAAAUGCAUAAAGAGAAACCAAAGAUUUUCACCAAAAGCGGGAGCUUGAAUAAACGUCGGGGCGUCAAUGCGGCAGAGAGACCGUAUCCGUGUAACGAGUGUGGCAAACGCUUUUCGACGUUACAAAUUCUCAAUCAACACUUGAUCGUCCACACAGGCGAGAGGAACUUCCCCUGCCAGCAGUGUGGCAUGAGGUUCUCUCAGGCGGGAAGCCUGAAGCGACAUCAGCUGAUCCACAUGGGUGUGAAGCCUUAUCACUGUGCGCAGUGUGGCAAGCGCUUUGCCAGAGCGGCGGGUCUGGAGAGACACCAGCGCAUUCAUACAGGAGAGAGGCCUUUCCAUUGCGCCCAGUGCGGAAGGGCUUUUACUUUUAUAGAGAGCAUGACUCGGCAUCAGCGUCUUCACACAAGAGACAAGGCUAAAUAUAACUAACACAAAGGCUAGCCUAGGAACAGUAAAGCUCAUACGAGUCUUCUCAGAGGUGGAUUUAAACUGGGUCAAUGAAAUGGCAAAAGUGACUCUGGAUGGAGCGACAACCAAACCUGCUUAUUUUUAUAAUAUACUGUAUAUAUAAUCGGGCUGGGCCCAGACCUAGCCAAAGGCCCCACCAGGCCAGGGGUGUGUUUCUCGAAAGCAGAGUUGUUAGCUGGUUAGCAACUUGGGUAGUUACCAAUGAGAAAUCGCACUGCCAACAGCAAAGUAGCUAAUGAAGUUAGCAACUAUAGUUUUGAGAAAUGCAGCCCAGAAGUGAAGAAGCCUUUUAGACAAAAGGUGGAAUGUACUUUGGCUCCAAAAAAAAUAAAUGAAAAAAUUGGUGUUUUUUAAAUAUAUAAUUUAUAUAUAUUGUUAUAAAAGCGCUAAAAGCUUUUGUGCCUGAAUGUCUGGAUGUUAUUCAUGUUUUAAAAAAAAUAGCUUUAUCUUCUUGUAGUUCAACAAAAAAUGAUUCCAGUCACCAUGAAGAAACCGUUUUAAAAAUAAAAAGGUUGUUUAAUUAAAAAGGUUGAUUAUAAUUUAUAUAAACGUUCCAGAAUGUAUGACUACUACCCUAUGUCUCAUUGAAGUCUAUUAACGUCAACAGUAGAUUAAGCUUUGGGACCAGGGCUGCUAAAACAAUGCCACUUUGUGCUGAGCCACCAAUGUGUGCAGUGUGAUUUUACUCUGAAGGUGAAUCACUACAAUUGAGCAAAAUAUCUGUUUGAGCACAGUGAAAGGAAAAUGUUAAUGUCUAUGUUUACACAAAAUGGUAAAUGUCAUACCAUUCACUGCUUUGUUUUUUUAACCUUUUGUUGUGCCUGACCAAAAUAAUGAGGAAACUAAAUAAAGAUUUUUUUAAAAAGUGUAAUAUAUUAUUCGGGGGAAAAUGAUGAUAUAGGUUAGGUUAAAUAAGUAUAUUAUCACCAAGUGACAAACUUCCAUACAUACACAUUAUCCAAGAGGAUGUGAUGUAAUUGGGAUAUUGGCGAAAUGUGUUUUUGGACAUGACAUGAUCAACAGACAUAACAUAUGACCAGAGAGUUAUGUACAAACAUAUGACCAGAGAGUUAUGUACAAUCUAUGCAUAUGACAAACCAUAACUUCACUGAAGUACUCAAAAUAAAGUUUCAUACUAGGACUCCUAUCCCUCCACUAUAUACAGUCUUAUUUUUUGGGAAGCUCCUUUGUCCUGGGUCCUUUUUCAAAUGAGAUGGGCCGAUGAAUAGCCAGUGCUCUCCCCAUACUCCUCCUUGUCUAAGGUAAUCUCACUCGCAUUGCCUCGUUUGGGUGUGUGUUGGGGUAAGCCCUUGCAAAGAGGAGACAUAACUGCAAGGUCUUGUGCACUGUGUGCAGGAUUUACACUUUCAUGAUUUUUCUGUUUUUGUUCGU